CAAACCUAAAGGCAAACAAGUCAUGGUCAAUUAGAGCUUUUCCAUGUGAUUAAAAUACCAAACUCAAGAUAUUUAGGAGUCCUACUAUAUACCAAACUCAAGAUAUUUAGGAGUUCUAUAGUAAUUUAAAAGUCAAAUCAAUGCAUUUUAACAAAUAAAUAAUUAAAGUUCAACCAGUAAUGAUACUUCCUAUCCUAAUUAUUGUUCUAAGUUCUAAAUUGAAAUAGACAGCAUGGCCAAAAUUCAUUACUCUAUUCUGAAAGAAAAAUAAAAUAAGAGGAUAUUCUUCACAAAAAUUAUAACAUAUAAUAGUAAUAAUAAUACAAUUGGAGGAUGUAAUCCGGAUAUUAAUUAAGAAAAGAAAGUCGAGAACCUCAACUAGUUCGAAAAUCAAAUCUUCCAGCCUACAUCGAAAUCAUAUCAUAAAAUUUAAGAAAAAAAAACAGAACUAUAUGUCCUCAUGCAUGAUUAACACGUUGAAUCCCAUUAAAGGAAAAAAGAAAAAAACAAAGCUAAUCAACUCAAUCCCACGAAUAUCUUCUCCUAUUUUUAAGUUCCGACUUGAAAGUUUCACACACAAAUUAAGAGAUUGCUGAAGGAUCAUGGAGGCCCAAAAAGUAUUUGGGAGAGGAGACAGAAUCUUCUCUCCCAAAUGGCUAAAGGUUUCAUUUUCUGCGGUUUCUGUCUUUGAUGGUGAAGCAGCCUGUUUUCCUUGCAUGACAGCUGAUUUAAAGGCAGAGACUUUCACUGUAUGGAUGAAGUCCCUGAUCAUGCAAGGAAAUGGCCUUACUGUUUUCAAUGAAAAUGGUCAGGUUGCUUAUCGCAUAGACAAUUAUGAUGAGAAGAGAAGCAGGGAAGUCUUUUUGAUGGAUCUCAGAGGGAAACUUCUCUUUACGGUGCGUCGAAAGAGUAUUUGGUUUUUAUGUGAUUGGGAAGGAUUUAAGGAGGACGUAAAUACAGAGGAAAGAAAACCAUUCUUUAGAGCGAAAAAGAUUCUCAGAGUUUUCAGUAAUAAGUUAAGCUGUGAUGUAAAAUUAUGCGGAGAUGAAUCUCAGGCAAGUUUGUGCUAUAGGUUUGAGGGAUUUUGGGGCAAAAUAGCAUUCAGAAUAUUAGACAGCCGGGGAGGACUUGUUGCAGAGGCAAAGAGAAAGCAAUCAUCUUUAGGAGUUCAAUUGGGAGAAGAUGUUAUGAGUUUGGUCCUAUUACAGACUAAUUUAGAUCAUUCCCUUAUCAUGGCUCUUGUCACUAUGUACCUGUUGAUUCAACGUAGAAUAUGAUUCAUUUGUUU